GAAAAAUACUUUUCAUUUAAACGAAAGUAUUAUUUGAUGAAGUAAACGCCACAGUUAUUACAUUUACAAGAAAGAAGAAACAAAACAACACGCUAUGUCUCACAAGCAGAUUUUUUACUCUGACAAAUAUGACGACGACAAAUUCGAGUACAGGCAUGUCAUGCUUCCUAAGGAUAUCGCUAAAAGAGUUCCCAAGACCCAUCUGAUGUCAGAGACCGAAUGGAGGAAUCUGGGUGUUCAGCAGAGUCAAGGAUGGGUACAUUACAUGAUCCAUCAACCCGAACCACAUAUCUUGCUCUUCCGACGUCCUCUGCCCCAAUCCCAGUGACUCCAGAACCACAAACUAAAGGAAUUCUGAAAACUGGACACAAUCUGAAGAUGUCUGAGAGAUGCCGGGUGCACCCCAGAUCAGAUGGUGUCAAUAUCAUUUGUGCUGCUGCAUAUGUAUUGACUAUUCUGUGGGUUAGAUUAUCAUCACUGUGCUUGAUCUCUGCCUUAACUGAGAGAUAGAACUGUGUGCAAAUUCCUGCUGCAACUAUAUUUAUUAUUUUUUUCAAGCAUAUUCUGUAUAUGAGCUUCACUUGAUUAAUUUUUUGCAUUGGUGAAUAGAUUCUGAAAGGUCUAGCAGCAUUGGAAAUUGUUUCAAAAGUACAUAUACUGCUUUAUUAAAAAUAAAUACUUUAUUUUUUUCACUUUAAAGUAUUAACAAUGCUGUUUGUACCAGUAUAUGUGUCACCAGUACUAAUACGCAGCUGAACCUAUUUUCUAAAAAUUUUUUUUUAAAGUCAAUAUAAUGUGUAGAAUACUGUACUUAUGUAUAAUAAAACUAUUUCAGCUCAGC